AGUUUCUUUUCCUCUUUUACAUCAAAGGUGUGUUUCUUAAACCCUAAAAUUCUCCAGAUCGCUUUGAUUUCGUUUCUUCGAUCGUAGUUUCCACUGAUUUAAAUACUCGAUUAUGCUUAUGAAUUAUGGUGUUUUAUCCUCAAUUUUAGGAGAUUUUGUCUCUUCGUAGAUUCAGGAAUUUAGAAUAGGUGACUCGAUUCCAAUGGUUUUGGUUCUGAUUGUUCUUCGAAUUUAAUCAGAGAGAUCUCUACGAACGAUGAUCAUCGAAAGAGCUCGAGUUCCGUUGAGGCUAUGGCAACAAGCUGCGGUGGCGAUGGGAUCUGCUAUCGGUGCGUUGGUAGAUCCUCGUCGAGCUGAUCUGAUCGCAGCUCUCGGUGAAACCACCGGUAAACCAGCUUUUGAAAUGGUUCUUGAGAGGAUGAAGAAGAGCGAAGAAGGAAGAGCUAUACUAUUGGAGCGUCCUCGUGUUGUGUCAGAGCAAGUAGGUCAUGCUUGGGAUCUACCAGACAACACAUUUGGAGCUGCAUAUGCUAAAUUCAUGGGAUCUAGAAACUUCUCUCCAGAUGAUCGUCCUCCCGUAAGAUUCAUGGAGACGGAUGAGUUGGCUUACGUAGCGACACGGGCUCGUGAAGUUCAUGACUUAUGGCACACUCUGUUUGGCCUUCCUACGAAUCUUAUCGGAGAGUCGGCUUUGAAAGUUAUAGAGUUUGAGCAGAUGUAUCUACCGAUGUGUAUGCUUUCUGUGAUUGGAGGCACUGUGAGGUUUAACGAGAAGCAGAGAUCAAUGUUCUUGAAACAUUACUUUCCUUGGGCUGUUCGAGCAGGAAGGCAAUGCACUGACCUCAUGUCUGUGUACUAUGAGCGUCACUUUAGUGAAGACUUGGAGCAAGUUCGAAGAAAAUGGGGAAUCAUCCCAGCUCCUCAACAUCCUAAAUGAUAAAAAUCCAGUGUCAUUUAGUUGAGCAAUGAUGACAAUAAAAUACUUAAUGGUUUCAUAAAUUUGGUAGUGUUAAAGUGUUUUAUGAUAUUUAUGCUUACCACUUUACGAGAAUAGAAAGAACAAAAUAAAAAUCUCAGUAUUUCUAUUUUUACCA